UGUGCUUGGUGACCGGCUGUAAGCAUGAUGUGGCUGCUGUUUUCGUUGCUGACGCUGGCAUCCGCCAGCAAGAUCGAUUGGUCGAAAGACCAAGGCUGCAUCAUCGAUGAAUCCUUGAAGGUUACGGAUAUGCACUUCAAGAACGAUCAGACGAGGAGGCCUUUGCUUUGCAUCAAGGCGAAUACCACGCGCAACAUAUCCAACGGGACGGCAGAUCUUACCGUGGAAUACAACCCACUCUAUCACAAGACCCUGACCUUCGAACUAUGCGGCUCCAGCCAUGCUUGUCCACCGUCAGGUGUGUCUCAGGAGUUGUGCCUCGGCACUGUGCCAUGGCUCCUGCCCGGCCAGCUCACAGCAUCUUUGGAGCUCACCGGCUACACCCCCGGCUUUUCUGGAUUGCGCGUGCUCGCCUGCAGCUACUUUCUGCGAUGGAGUGUCGGAGCCACAGAGGUGCACGUUUGAACUGGCGUUCGCGAGAUAU